UAAGUGAGGAUAAAGGAGGAGGGGAGCUGUGGAGGAGGUGGAGGAGGUGGAGGGGAUCGGGGGGGAGAAGCAGGAGAAGGAGACAGAGACAGAGGAAACGCAGACCUCAGACCAGCCCGCCUCACCUCACUGUCCUCUCCCUCCGCUCCCGGUGUCCACACACAAAUCUGACCGCGGAUCAGCUCACUCGGGCUCCCUCCACACUACGAGUCACACCAACUGGGACUCAGACCAGAGGAAAUCGUGUUCGUCGGCAGCCAAGUCCGCACGCCAAGACACAUCCAUAGCAGAGCACGGCGAGGGAACGGACGGUGUGAUAAGACGGGGACUGAGAUCCAGGGAAAAGGCUGCUGGUAGGAACAACAGCGGGGGUUUAACGCACAUUUAGCGGCGACACGAGAGAGGACUGCCCGGCCCCGCAGAAGGAGAAGUAUCACACGAAGCUAAUUUCCAACGUUUUCUAUUAUUGGCAGCAGAGUGAGCUCCUCGAGCCACAUUUAUAAAGAGAGCUAGCGGAAUGUAAUGCUAGCAAGCUAGCUAAUGUUAGCUAGCUAAUUAGCUUGUCAGGCAUCCAAGAGUCGGACGUGUGGUCUUUAUUAAAAUAGGUCACUGUUUGGCGUCGUUUGACUUUUGUUUUUUGGGAAAAGGCUGUACUUAAUGUGCUUUGUCCUGAAGCCUGGCAUAAUGCUCUGCCUCGAAUAGCUAACGCCAAGUUAAGACAAUAAACAGCACAAGCUGAAUGUAUUGAUGAAAAGCAGCUCAAUAUUAUCCGUCUACGCUUUUUUGGGAAACCCAUUGUGAAUAUCGAGCCGUGGACAAAUCAAACGGAGCGGGGUAGAGAAACAGACUUUUGACUGGUGACUGUCUGCCGUCCAAUGUUAAUGUCGACCGACGUUGCAUCUAUAAUGCUACCCGUUAGUCGGGGAAUAAUGGAAAGAGACAUUGAUACAGCAGCCGGACCGCUCGCGAACGCGGCCGGGGGUCCAGCAGCUGUCCGCGGGAUGAAGCGAGGAGACCCGGAGCCCGACGCUCAGACAGCCGCUGCCCUGACUGACUUAGCCGGGGCGGAGUGCAAAAGACCAAGGAUAGACGGCACCGGGAGUGUUGUUGGUGACAUUGGGCAGAACAAUGAGCCUUUAAACCCCGGUUUCCAUGGAUACCCACCUCACAGUCAGGGCUCUCAGGAUUCGACAGGAGGACAGGAGGGAUUGGUGGCCCCACCCUUUUCAGCGUUCCCCCCUCCACCCCCUCCUCAAAACGGGCUUCCAGGGACGGAGUUUGGCCCCGGGGCCAUGUUUGGUGCUGGGGGCCAAGGCACAGCAGAGAUAGGGGCUGGUGCUAACGGAGCCACCACCACUACCACCACCAACAACAAUGGAAAGACAGAGGAGGCGUCCCAGGGUGAGGCGGGUGUACAGUGCGGCACAGCAGGCACAGGAGCAGGAGGCUCUGUGGGAGACCCGUCUGAAGCCAAAGGGACCCCGAAACGCCUCCACGUCUCAAACAUCCCCUUCCGCUUCCGGGACCCUGACCUCAGGCAGAUGUUUGGGCAAUAUGGGAAGAUUCUGGAUGUGGAGAUUAUUUUCAACGAGAGGGGCUCAAAGGGUUUUGGCUUUGUGACAUUUGAGACCAGCGCAGACGCAGAGAAAGCCAGGGAAAAGCUCCACGGCACACUGGUGGAAGGUCGUAAGAUUGAGGUGAAUAAUGCCACCGCCAGGGUGAUGACCAACAAGAAAAUGGUCAGCCCCUACCCUAACGGAGAGGCUCUCAGCACACUGCCUUAUGCGGGGUGGAAACUGAGUCCGAUGGUGGGGGCCGUGUACGGACCGGAGCUCUACGCAGUCCCAGGGUUUCCCUACCCUUCAGCAGCAGCAGCAGCCACUACAGCGGCAGCAGCGUUCCGCGGCGCCCACCUCAGGGGUCGAGGCCGGCCCGUCUACAGCGCCGUGCGGGCUGCCGUGCCUCAGCCCGCCAUCCCCGCCUACCCCGGACUAGUGUUUCAGGACUCAGUCCUUAGUCCCAGAUUGCCUCAGGGAGGCUACCCUGCUGCUGCUGCCGCCGCCGCUGCUUAUCGCUACGCCCAGCCCGCGGCCGUAACCGGAGCAACCGCCGCAGCUGCUGCCUACAGUGACAGUUAUGGCCGCGUGUACACUACAGAUCCCUACCAUGCUUUAACUCCAGCUGCUGCUGCUUACGGAGUCGGAGCCAUGGCCAGUUUAUACCGGGCAGGAUACAGUAGGUUCGCUCCUUACUAAAACCACAAAUCACACCCGAGGAAUUUCACAUCGCUCCAAAACCCUUUUUCAAGCUCUUUGUUUGGCAGCAGCUCCCCUCCAUUUUUCUGCAGGCGGACUCUAGUGACAACUCAUGUGUUUUGUUUUUUCCUUUUUCUCUUUUCUUUUUUCGUCCGUGGCGAGAGAGGUCAUUCGCCACAUCAUCAACUCAAACUCUGUUUCUGUACUCUUCUGUCUGUCGCUGACACGGAAACAAUGACUAAACUGCCAGGAGUGUCUCCCACAUGAAAAAGCCGGAGCCUGCUACUUUGAACCACGGGGCACAAUUUAGGACGGUUUUUAAAACACUACGGGACCUGGAGGGAGAGCGACUGCUGUUCCUGUGUGACACCUUUUUUUUUUUCUCUCCUUCUGAACUUACAGUAUAUCCACUGCCCUGUAAAACCUAAUGAGACAUGUACACACACUUUCAACACCAAGUAUACGGCUUCCUCUACGUUCUCCUCUAGUGACGGCCUGCACAGAUUGAUGCCACAGCACAGCGUUACUAUAAAAGGUACUCAUGUUUUUAAACACUACAUUGACGUGAAGCUGCAGCAGAGACGUCCCUCUGGUUCAGCGUCACUGUGUAAUAAUGAAACUAGGACUCCUCGACACAGAAGAUGUAGGAAUUAUUAUGUUGUUUUGUAAAGCUGGAACGUUCAGCCUCUGACUGACAGAAACCACUGUUGUCCUGGCAACAAGAACCACAGCAUGGGAAAACUCUCUUUUUGUCAUUUUUCCAACAUUUCACUAAACUCCCCCCCCGAAUAAAAAGGAAACACACAAAAAAAAGAAUUAAAAAAAACGACAAGGAAAAAAAACAAGUGACUUUUUUUCUGCAUUACCUCAGUUUUUCUCUCACGUAUUUAGUUUUGCUGCCAUUGAUAAGAAGUUGCAUAGAACUGUCGUCAUAUAUAACGUGGACGCGUUCGGCGACGGAGCCAUUCUUUUGUCCUUAUUGCUGGUCGACACAUUUAUUACUGUAACUGCAAACACUAAGACGGGACGUGGAUUCAGUUUGACCCUGUGUCCAUUUUGAGAAUCCAGCGCACCUCCCCUCCCCUCUCAUCCUCGAUCUGCUCUCGGCACUUCUUCCAAAAAAGGACUCGGCCCAUUUCUCUCUGUCACCCUUAAAACCGCCAGACAUUCCAGCUGCAGCGGCGACGCAGCGAGCGAACGGGUCAGAUGGACAAAAGAACCCAUCGAACACAAAUGAACUAGAUUUGAAGCGGGAACACCCACGCGGGAAGCUAAUCAUCUGCCAGUCAGCCAAAUGGGAAUCCCUCCUGGCCAAUUGAGAUAUAUAUUCUGCCUCCAGGCUUCGGGCUGCUCUGUGCGUGGAAACGUCUGAUCUCAGCUCAGCUCAGCGGAGCGGCAGAUCCCAGCAGAACAGCCCAGAUUAGAACACAUUUGAAACAGAGAUCGUAAUGGUGAAGUAAUGAGAGUUUAUCUAUUUAUAUUCAAUCAUUUUUAACGUGUCUGCAUCAUUUUGUAAUUUUAAAUCCUUCAUUAUUCUCUCUGGGAUUGAAUAGUUUUAAAGUUCUCCAUAUCAGUCCGUGUGGAGGCGUCAUCAAAUAACUUACACACCAAGUCUCUGUCCUGUAUGUAUCACGUCUCCAUAUACUCUCACUAUGUUGUUAUUGCUAUUAUUUGCCUUUUUGGUUCCAAAGAUUUUCUGAAGAAAGCCCUUUUUUUUUUGGUCCUGAUGUAUUUCUUACUUUUGUGACUUUUUUGUUGCCUUUACUUUGUUGUGUGUGUGUUUUUUUUUUUUUUUUUUUUUAAUCUGUGGGUUGUGUUUUUCAGUGCAGUGUUGAAACAGCGCCCUGGGAUAUGUCAUUAAAGCAGCAUCUA